AUUGGAAUCCUGCAACAGAUCAACAAGCUUUGGCUCGAGUUUGGAGAGAUGGGCAAAAGAAACAAUGUUUCAUAUAUCGAUUCAUUUCGACGGGAACUAUCGAAGAGAAAAUUUUUCAACGCCAAUCUCAUAAACAAUCUCUCUCUUCAUGUAUUGUGGAUGAAGAUUCUGACGUUUUAAGACAUUUUACUUUUGAAGCUUUAAAGCGUCUUUUUCUUUUCAAUCCUGAUACUCUUUGUGAUACCCAUGAUACUUUUAAGUGCCAUAGAUGUAUAAAAGGUAUUCAACGGAUAUCUCGACAAGAAGGAGAGACAAUGAAUUAUAGUGACACAAGCUC